UUUGAGAUGCGAAAUGAUUUCAGUAUCGGUUAACCGAAGAUCAACAUCGUAAAAAUUUUGAAGCAAUGGAGAGCGACGAGUACAAGUGCGCCUCUGCUGCAGUUGAUAAUGUAAGCAAGAUCUUGAAAAACAACCGGAAAUCAUCGAUUACUCGACUGCUGAAUGAUACCGCUAAGGGUUUGAAACAUGUUUAUCAGCUUUCACACCCAUCGCAGGAAGAUCUCACGUACGAUCUCUUCAAAUGUUCCAAAAAACCCGGAGAAGCUUCUUUGGGGAAACUACUUUCUGUAUUGCGAUCAUUUGGCAUCCGUGAAGACGAUCCACGAUUGAAACAUACGAUUGAAAAAAUGCGUGAAUAUGAACUGCAGAUCGAGGAUGACUGUGAUACCAGACACUGCUUGUUAAGCAAGGAACAGUUCAAAGAAUGUAUUCGACCAAGCAUCAAUUUAAUUGCCCAGACACUUCGCAACGAUUUGAUUAUUCCUUGUUGGGGCGAAUUUACUGCUAAGAUCAAGGAAAUUUUUGAUGAAUGCGCGAGUAUUCAUGAUGGCAGAGUAGCAGAUUAUAUCCCUCAGUUAGCUAGAGUGGAUCCGAAGAAAUGGGGUCUUUCGAUAUGUACAAUUGAUGGACAACGUGUCAGUUACGGUGAUGCACGUGUACCGUUUUGUUUUCAGUCUAUAUCAAAGGCUUUCAAUUAUGCAAUAGUCGCGUCUGAUUUGGGAGCAGAUUUUGUCCACAAUUAUGUCGGGCAUGAACCAUCCGGGCGAUUAUUCAAUGAAAUAUGUCUGGAUUGCAAUGGUAAACCACAUAAUCCUUUCAUAAAUGCUGGAGCAAUUAUUGUCACGUCACUACUGAAAAUGGGACAUGAAAUGGCUGAUCGUUAUGAUUUUGUACUAACCCAAUACAGAAAACUAGCAGGAGGUGGUUACAUAGGAUUUAAUAAUGCAACCUUCUUAUCUGAACGCGAUACCGCAGAUCGUAAUUAUGCGCUUUCUUACUACAUGAAAGAAAAUAAUUGCUUUCCUGGUUCAGUAUCGCUCCGGGAUGAGCUUGAUUUCUAUUUCCAGUUGUGUUCAUUGGAAACAACAUGUGAAAGUGCUGCGGUAAUGGCAGCAACUUUGGCUAAUGGAGGUGUUUGUCCACUUACCAACGAAAUAUGCAUUAGUGCUCGGCCAUGUCGCGAUGUUCUUUCAUUGAUGUAUUCAUGUGGGAUGUACGAUUACAGCGGUCAGUUCGCAUUUCAGGUUGGCUUACCUGCAAAAUCUGGUGUCUCUGGAGCAAUGGUUGUUGUGGUACCAAAUUUGAUGGGGAUUUGUAUUUGGUCGCCGCCUUUGGAUAAAAUGAGUAAUAGUGUACGUGGUGUAAGCUUCUGUAAGAAAAUGAUCGAAACUUUCAAUUUUCACAAUUACGACAGUUUAUUGCAUGCGGAUACCAAGAAAAUAGAUCCUCGAAAGCGUGGCAUUCCAAAUGAAUCCGAAUUAAUCCUUGAAAUGAUGUUUGCAACUAAGAAAGGCAACAUUGAUGAUGUUCGAAGAAUGUUUUUGGGUGGCAUUGACUUGAAUAUGUCAGACUAUGAUGGUCGCACACCACUACAUCUAGCUGCUUCAGAAGGACAAUCGUUAAUGGUGGAUUUCUUUCUCGACAUUGCUCAUGUUAAUCCACUUGUGAGAGAUAGAUGGAAUAGGACCGCUUAUGAUGAUGCUUUGUCGUUUGGAUAUACCAAAAUUGCGGAAAAAAUUAAAUCAUCUAUGGAUAAAAUAUCUGGUGGAUUCGUGCCAAUAACAAUUCCUCCGGAAAAAGCACUUCAGUUGCUACCCGAGAACGGUGAUGUUUUAAUUAAUUUGCCAGAAGAGGAAAAUGAAUGGGAAAAAGAAUUGCGAAUUGUGGUUGAUCGUUUAUCUCAUUUCGACCAUUCAAAUGUUGAUGAUGAUUAUUUGACCAGUCCCAGAAUUGCUGAGAACGGCGAUGGAACGUCUGAUAUUUUGCAAAAGUCGUCUGAAAGGAAUGGUAGCUUUAGUGCUCUGAAUGCUGAAAGUAUGGUGGACGGGAGUGACGGUCAGAUCAACCUUGGCAUGAAAUUUUCAGGUUGAUACUUAUCGCUGAUAUGCUGUGUUAAUCUUUUUUCUUUCUACGAUACCCCCUGGUAUUGCAUAUAUUACAAUUUACACAUAUUCUGUUCUGUGUGAGAGAGGCCUCGGGUUGUUUGUUAUGAGAGGAAGACUUUGACGCUCCAUAAUAAAUGAAGUUAGUGUAAUCUUGUCAUUCUUGACUAUCUUAAUUAGUGGUAUUAUUAUUCCAUUCAUAUUGAAAAAGGCAUUCAUUUUUAGCAUUUCUUAACAAAUUUUUCGAGUUCCGGGUUAUGGAUGUUAAAUCUGUGCUGCACUGAUAUUAUCUCCUUCUGAUAGUAUUAUUGCAUAUUGUAGUCAUUUCCUUUGUGUUAUAUUGUUUGUAAAC